AUGUCAUUCAUCCCUCCUGUCGUCCACGAAUGGACUCAAACUGCCCUGGCCAAUCUGCCUCCUCCAGUACAGCAGGCAUUGCUGCACCCGCUGGUUCCUAAAGCUCUCGCUGCCAUCCUAGCUUUCACUGCACUGCGCCAAACCAACCGCGCCUUCAACUCGCUAUCCCUUAGCAACUUCAGCACCCGGAAAUGGGACAACGCCCGCGAACUCGUCCUCCUCACGGGCGGAUGCAGCGGCAUCGGUAAACAAAUCAUGACAGAACUAUCCAGCCACGGCGCGAAAGUCAUCAUUCUCGACAUUAAUGAACCCUCCUUUAAGCUCCCACCCAACGUCCACUUCUACAAAGCAGACAUCACCUCCUCCGCCGCGCUGCACCCAGUCGCCGAACAAAUCCGGCGCGAACAUGGCCACCCCACAGUCCUGGUGAACAACGCGGGCGUUGCCAACGACGGGACAAUCCUCGACGAAACCGAGGCGAAAAUCAGAUUAACGUUCGAAGUUAACGCGAUAUCGCACUUUCUCAUGGUGAAGGAGUUCCUCCCCGCUAUGAUUGAGCGCAAUCAUGGCCAUGUAGUGACAGUGGCUAGUUUGGCUAGCUUCAUGUCUCUCGGGGAAAUUGUGGAUUAUAGUUGUUCGAAGGCAAGUGCGUUGGCGUUUCAUGAGGGGUUGGGGCAGGAGUUGAAGUAUUGGUAUAAGGCUACGGGGGUGAAGACUAGUGUGGUCCACCCACUUUGGGUCCGCACACCCAUGAUCCAGCAGCUUACGGAUGCCGGGAAGCAAUUCAAACAGCCCGUUUUGACGGUGGAGAGGGUGGGGAAUACGAUUGCGAAGCAGAUUCUGUCUGGAAGGAGUGGACAGAUUAUUCUGCCUGAAUCAUUGUGGUGGAUUAGUUUGGUGCGGGCGUGGCCGACGUGGUUGCAGGAGACGGCGAGGGGGUUGGCAUCGAAGGAUUUGGUCAAUUUGAGGGCGUGGCAGAAGGAGAACGAUUCAUACAUCAUCUACGUUGCAUCCAUCACAAAGUCUCCCCCAACCACCCCCUCACCCUCAUCCCCUGCCCCGUCUCCUCCUUCUCCCCAAUAUACAAAUUAUAAAUGGGUGCCACAUGUCCCUCUCCCUCCCCAACACAAAACUCCACCUCCCCUGCAAAUCCCUCCCUCAACUUCUCCACGAACCCCUCAAUCACAGGCAACAGAAUCUCCCUCCCGCCACCACAAACCAACACCUUCUCCACGGGUAAGGUCUCAAACCACUCCGCUGGUGCAGUGGACAAAUCCGUAUAAUGGUCCCGUUCCCCGGACCCAAGGGUGCGAUCAUGAUUGCUCCGCGGAGGGAUUCUUGGCAGGGGAUGGGGGUGAUCUGAGGGUGGGGAUGAGCGAGGUGGGAGAGGACUCCGCCGACGAGGUUCCCCCCUGCGGAAUCCCCGCCAAGGAGAAUUUGGGAAGGGGAGUGCGUGUUAAGGAUGUGGCGGAGAGCGGAGGUUGCUUGGCGCAGUUGCGUUGGGUAAGUGGCCCCCGGGGCGAGAGUGUAGGUGAGCGUAAAGAUGGAGAGCGAUUUAUUGUGGAAUUUACGCAGGUGGGUGAUGAGGUUCAGGAAGAACUGGAAGUAGCCUUCGUUGGCGGGGAGGGUGAAGCCGCCUCCUAUAUCUGUUGUUAG